AUGAAGUUCACCGGCAUCCUCUCUGCUCUCGCUCUUACCUCCGCCGUCUCGGCCACCACCGUCUCUUACGACACUGGCUACGAUGACAAGUCUCGCCCUAUGACCUCCGUCUCUUGCUCUGACGGCAAGAACGGUCUCAUCACCAGAUACGGCUGGAAGACUCAGGGCAGCACCCCUGCCAAGUACGUCGGUGGUGUCAACAUCAUUGAGGGCUGGAACUCGGCCAACUGUGGUGGCUGCUACCGCCUCGAGUACAAGGGCAAGAAGAUCAACGUCCUCGCCAUCGACCACGCCGCUGCUGGCUUCAACAUUGGCCUCGAUGCCCUCAACGCCCUCACAAACGGCCAGGGUGCCCAGCUCGGCCGCAUCAACGCCCAGGUCUACCACGCCGACCCUUCUGCUUGCGGCAUCAAGAAGUAA